AUGCUUGUUGCACGGACUUACACUGCGGCUUGUCUGAUUCCUGCUGCAGCAGUAGCAGCUAAGUACACUUUGAGAUUUAAAUCAAGUGCCAUAAAGACACAUGCACCUCAACCGGCACCUGAAACACACCGCCAUAAUCCGCUUUCUAUAUCGACUAGGAUUUUAGAGAACGAUGAAUCCGCUAAGCAUGAUGAUAGACAGUUUAUCACACAUCCUAUGUUUCCACAUCCAUGGUUCGCAGAUAAAGACUGCGAAAAAAUUCAUUUUGAACAUAGAGUGCCUGAAACUAGGGGUGAUAAGAUUGCUUAUGGGGGUACAACACUAGCUCGGGCUGCCUUUGAUUUUGUCACUGGUUACAAAAAGCCUCGAAAUGAGAAGGAGGAAAUAGAGGGCUUUAAAGGAACUCGAUACGAGAUGACUGAGUCGAAAUGGUUGACGAGAUGUAUUUUUUUAGAAAGCAUUGCAGGAGUGCCUGGAAUGGUUGCAGCUUUCAUUAGACACUUACACUCUCUACGUCUUUUGCGAAGAGACAAAGCGUGGAUCGAAACACUUUUGGAUGAAGCAUAUAAUGAACGAAUGCAUUUAUUGACUUUCAUAAAGUUGGGCGAUCCCUCGUGGUUCACUCGUCUUGUCAUCUAUUUUGGACAAGGCAUUUUUUGCAACGUAUUUUUCUUGUGUUACUUAAUUAACCCAAGAUAUUGCCAUAGAUUUGUUGGCUACUUAGAGGAAGAAGCUGUGAGUACAUAUUCACAUUUGAUAAAAGAAUUGGAUCUUGGAAAGAAUCCCAAAUUCAAAGAAGUGGAAAUUCCUACAAUUGCUGUUCAGUACUGGCCAGAGCUUAAGGAUAAUUCUAGUUUCAGAGACUUGAUUUUAAGAAUAAGAGCCGAUGAAGCCAAACAUAGAGAAGUAAAUCAUACUUUGGCCAAUUUAAAGCAAAAAGGUGACAGAAAUCCAUUUGCAUUGAAAAUUAAAAAUGUCAACGAGCCCCAGCCAGACAAUGGAAUCGAAAACACGAAAGGUAAAGGUUGGGAUCGGGAUGAGCUCAUUUUAUAA